CAUCAUCACAGGUUGAGCUGAACAUCCUUUUCCACAAAGAGGGACCGCUUCUAAUUAUUACUAUUAUUAUUAUUUUUAUUUUUUUACCUUCGCUGACACUGCGACUGCGGUGUAAAAAAAAAAGAAAAGAAAAGAAAAGAAAAGAAACAGCACGGAGGGAGGAGAAGCCAUAAGAUGAAGAAACGUUAUGUGGACGCGAACAGGGGUCGGAAAAUGAAAAAAAUGAAAAUAACGGAGAGGCUGUCUGAAAGUGCUUACACCAUCCUGAAGUUUAUGAUGAUGUGGACGUUGGUACUGCUGGCAGAUUUCAUCCUUGAAUUCAGACUGGAGUACCUAUGGCCAUGCUGGCUCUUCUUUGGCAGCGUUUACACCACUUUCCACUGCCAUGGACUGGUGAUUUGUGUUGUUUUUGUUUGCGCCGCCUUCACCCUGGACAUCUUUUGUUUAAUUUUUGUUCCUUUGCAUUGGCUUUUCUUUGUGGCGAGCACUUACGUAUUAUUCAACUACAUUUGGCACACAGAAAAAGGCAUCUGUAUAUCAACCGCAUCCCUGUGGAUUCUGCUCGUGUACACCGAGGCUUCACUUCGACUCAAAGACCUUAAAACCUCGCAUGCCAACCUAUCUCAUCUUUUUGCUGCGCACUGCAUCGGGUAUCCUGUAGUGUAUCUGGGGUUUUAUGCCACCUGCUAUUUCACAAACAUCUUCAAACUGCGCAUUCAGAAAGCUGUGCAGAGUGAGAACGACUUCCACAUGCACCUCCUGCAGCACUCUCUUCCUCCGGGCCUGCAGGUUUACCCCAAGUCUGGCACAGAUGGCAGCAGCAGCUCAAAAUGGAGGGCGAAGCCUGAGAACACUCAGUAUCUGUGCCAAAACGGUGCUGUAGUGUCCCACGAUGACGGUCACAUUACUGACUGCCUCCAGAUCCGCAGCGAGGAGCGGGCAGCAGAAAGGGGAACCCAGGACGCAAAGUCAGCAGAAUCAAACCGGCGGCCAUCAUCAGUCAGAGCCGGCGAGUCAAAGGAUCUGCACCAAGGUGGAGCAGGAGGACCAGAGUCCUCCACAACUCCAGAAAAUCUACCUCAAGAAGAGCAAGGAAGCAAAGCCACGCGAACGGCAGCGAAAAGUUUCUCGCCAAAAGCCCGCAGAGGCACCACAAACACUCCUUCACCUCCUGCAGGGAGGACGGAGAAGAAACAGAGAUACAGCUCCAAAACAAUCAGCCCCAACCGGGACUUAAUGGACAAGAACACCACUCCAGCUCACAAUCACCACGCUGAUCAGAUGACCAAGCUGGAGCAGGAGCUGAGGAGGCUAAAGGGAGAGCUGCAGACGAGCAGGCAGAGCGAGCAGGAGCUGCGAAGUCACAUCUGCAACCUGACCAACAGCGAGAGGAGCCUGAGGCCGGAGGUGUCUCUGCUCAGACAGUCCAACAUGCUGCUGCAGAGCAAGAUUAUGUGUUUGACUAAAACCAAGCAGAAGGACAAACAGAGCAGUGCCAUGCUGGAGAAGAAGACCAGAGCAGAGACGGAGGCCAGACUCUCUCUGGAGAAACAGUUGGCUGAGCUUCAGGCUCACAAACUGGAGGAAGCAGCCAGCGCAGCGCGGAGUCUAACUAACAGGCAGGAACACUGUGAAACCCAAAUGUUAAGAAAGAGAGUAAAAGAUCUAGACACAGAGUACAAACAACUACAGCUGGAAUAUCAAGUGAAAGAGAGUCGAUUGGUAGAUCUAGAGAGUGACGUUGAGGCCUUGGGAAAGUACCGCUGUGUGGAGAAAGAGACGGACAUGCUGCUGUCCACUCUGUCAGCCAUGCAAGAGAAAGCUCAACAUCUGGAGUACAACCUGAGCGCUGAGACUCGCAUCAAGCUGGACCUAUUCUCCGCUCUGGGAGACGCCCGCAGACAGCUGGAAAUCGCUCAAGAUAAAGUCAUGAAGCAGGACCGGGAGAUCCGGGAGAUGAAGCAGAAGAUAGCAGAGGUGAUGGCCGUCAGUCCCGGCGUGUCCUACAUGGCUCCUCGACCUCCGGUGCCGCAGUAUCUCACCAAGUUACUCACCUCUGAGCGCUACAUGCUGAAUCCACGGGCACUCAUGUACCAGUGCCUGAAGAAAUGAGAAAGGAUUGUAUCCGUUCAGAUCCUCAGACCUCUUUGACAGACUCCUCCUUGAGGGGGGAGGAUUUUAUUACAGAGCUAACUGACAACAUGAAGUCAUCUUCUUCCAACAGGAGGGGGGGGGGGGGGGGGGGGGGCAGAAUGAGCCUCCACAAGCCAAAUGCCUUUUGCUGCACUGAUGGUGCUAACUUGACAUUAUAAUUUAUAUUUUUUUGACUCCUCUCACACCAAGGGGUGAAGAGUUUCACUCAACUAAAAGAUAUCAGAUAUGCAGAGCUGCUUUAGGCACGAUUUUAUAAGACACACGGGUCCUUACAGCUUCGAGAAAAGCACAACUCUCUUCAAUUCAGACCCUGGAGAUUUGUCUCAAAUGUAGUCUGGAGUGUAGUUCAGACGUUUCUACGCAAAGGACAAAACUAUGACAUCAUCUUUUCCUAACAAUAGUCGGACAUCUCAGAUCAGUAUAAAUGAAUUUGUUUCGACUCGUGUGACAUUUUCAUAUUUCAAUUCAUACUUAACAAAAAGACUCCUCUUGCUACCUUACUGACCCUCUCACGAGUUGCUGAAAGGAAACAUUGUAAGACACUAUAACAAAUGAUUUCAUGUCAUCAAAUGUUUUAGACUUACAGAAGUGUAAGAUUUCACAGAUCUGAAGGAAUUUUUACUGAAAUAUUCAAACUGAUGCUGUUAAAAUACAGAAAAUCCUGUCGCUUGAAGUCUAAUGACUUUGAGUUUAUAUUAGUAUGAAGGAUCUCAUGAGCCUUUAAACAGCAGACUGUUUGACUUGACAUAGUAGGAAACAAAACCAGGACCCUGAAACUGAAGCAGCUUAAUGGGAUUCAGCCAUCGUGGGUUUUAUGAUUAUUAAUACCUGUGCUUGUCUCUCUCUGGUCAGAGCCUCAGAUUAUACAUCAUAGAUCAGCUGUCUGUAUGUUCAUAGAGAGAUGAUUAUGCAGACUUCUGUCCAAGAUCUGGUCAGUUUCUAUUAUGGAUGACCUUUUUUUUAAAUAAAACUACAAAUUAUUAGACUACAAACAAAUGUUCUGUGUACAAUUCUCUUAAAAGCAUCAAUACAAUGAUAAACCAACAGCAAGUCAUAAUCUGAAAUUGUAAGGAAUGUAUGCAUCAAGGUGCUAAUGUAUGUGCCUGUAAAUAGCAGUUUUAGAUGAUUUGAAAUGUGCUGAAUUUCAUAUGAAAGUAACGAGUUCACCAAAUUGAUACUUUUAUCUUUUUAAAGAGUCUUACAGAACAAAGAUUUCAAUUUAACGGGUGUCUUUUUUUAAGUCGAGGGGAUGCAGUUUAUGUGUCUUUACAUGAACUGACAGUUAAAGGCAGCAGUUACAUUUUUUGGCAGCUCUCCUGGGAAUCAGAGAAAGUCUAGACUGAUUGGUCGUCAGAUUGUUUGAGUUCGACUCAGUCCGUCAGUUAACGUGGAGUUGAUUACAACAGGAAAUGACGAGGACCAAACUGGCUCAUGAAUAUAAUUACUGUGCCUAUAUACAUUACUUUCAAAUCGGGAAGUAAAACACAAAUUUAAUGUGAAAGAGUAAUGUGUUUGAAAUGAAGUGCUAUGUACUGUUUUUGUAGUUCUUUUCUCUUUUUAACUCAUAUUGUACAGAAUUGAAAAAGCCCUCACAGCUGAAAAACACACAUGAACUGGAUGUUGCCAUGUUGGUAGAUUUUUAUUUAGAGUGUGUUUCUAGGGUGUUUUAUAUCCAAAAUAUUUUUUAGUCUUGCUGUACUUUUAUUAUACUGCUGUAAUUUUGUACGGCGACGUGUUUGUCAGCAUGAAAUGUGUUUUAUUGAAAUGUUCAUUGAGCACACGUCGUGACACUUAAGUAUGUACAUGACGAUACUUGUACAAGGGCUACAGUUUCUUAGGAUUUUGGAACAAAUAAUUCAAACAGUGAUGCUCUGAGUGAGUUCAUGCUCCUGAUGGUUUUUUUCUAUAAAUAAUUUUAACAAUUGAAAUUGGUC